GAUUCAUGGCUGGUUUCAUAUUAUGAGAAGUGGUGUCUUCUGUUUCACAAAAGUUGUACUUUUUUUUUUUUGCAGAGAGAUUCCUUGAGAACAAUUUUAAUUGCAGAUACUUGAACCACUUUUUCUGGAGUUAUUUAAUGGAGUUUGGUUAUGUUAUUCCAGAGUAAAUUGUUUUAGGAGUUCAGCCAAGUGGUGCUAGUCCUGGGUUCAUUAGCUCAAGUUAGUGAUCUUGGAAAAAUAAUUAUUGGUAUCAUUUUUUCAUCCAUAAAGUGGGAAUUAAAGUCAUCUGCCUCACAGAAUGAUUAAGAAAAUAAACAGGUGAGUGAAAUAUUAAUUGUUUUUAGAAAAUCAAAUGAAUGUUGCCCUAACUAUAGGAUGGGCAUUGCGUCUCAUACAAAUCAUGUCUGAUGGAAACUUAAGAACAGAGGUGAACUUUAUCAUAGUUAUACUGGCAUAGGGAGCAAAAAACGGGAUUUAUCCUGCAAAAUACUCAGAAAAGCAGAUUGUCGCUAAGCUUUUCACUAAAUAGUCUUUCAGGAGUUAGAUCCACUGAACAAAGGAGCACUUGCUUCUGAGCAAACAUGCAUAGGCUUCCACUCUAAAAUGAAUUCCCCCCCCCCCAAUGCCAAAUGAUGUUCCCACUCACAGCUUUCCAUAGGCCCAGAAGACAGUGUUCUGUGGCAGCUGGAAAAACUAAUCUAUUGCAUGAUGAGCUUAAUAAAUACUUUCCUUUUGCAUAUGCUAGAGAAAAGUCCAUUGACAAUUCCCAGUCACUUCUGCUUUAGAUGUUUGUAUGCAAGGGAAGAUUCCCUGAAAUUGCCAGGGUCUCUAUUCUGCUUGUCCAAAGUCAAGUUAUAAAGAACGGAUGGGCUUUUGUGCAAAAAAGUACAAUCACCAGCUUUUAUUUUCUGGAAGGAACCUGUUGCCUUAAACUACUGCAUGCUGAGGAGAAACUAAUUGGGUAAAAGCAGGAUUGCCAAAGUGCCUGGCCAAAGCUGGUACUGAUACUUUUGAAAGUUCUAAGCCUUAGAAUCUGCUGCUGCUUGUUUUUGGUUUUUUUAAAAAAUCCUAGCUGAAACCUCAAGUCUAUGGCCAAAUCCACAGCGCAUUAACUGUGGGAUGGCUCCUGCAAUGGCUAUUGGGACUUCAUUGGAGUCAUCAAGCAUUGUAGCCAUUUUUCCCCCAGAGAGAGAAAAAAUAAAAAUAAAAAUAAAAUAAAAUAAUAGAUCGUAAUUUUGGGGGAAUGGCAGAAGAGAUGGUGGUGAGAGACCUUGGCUAAGGAAGGGGAGGUGUUUGUUUGUUUUAAAAGAGAAAGCAAGUGCACUUCAGCUAAAGUCAAAAGCCCCCUUAAUUGAAUUAAAAGUUCUCUAUUGUUAGGCAAGUUUGCCCUUCUUCAGAAUCACUACAGAGAUUCAGAUGGCAACUGCCUCCCGGCCUUUUGAAGUGCACCAUCAGGCGGUUCCUUUGCUAUCUUUUCAACCAUUGGAUCAGAAGCUCUUUUAUCAUUGGGCAGCAAAUAGACGCCCUUCAGGAGCCCAGCUUAUAAAUAACUUGGGAUUUUGGUUGCUGUAACUUUCUUUAUUCUGGAUUAUCUCUCAUUUGGCAUAGAAAAAAGGGCUCUUAGCUGUGUGUCCUCCUCCCCGCUCCUAUCUAGAAAAAGCCUAUGUUGUCUGGGGGGGAAAGCUUUUGGAUCUGCUAGUGGAAUACAGAGUCACCAUGAAGAGGGGCACCUUUGCCAUCCUUACUGUUAUUGGAAUUUACGGAGAGAUCUUCAGGAUAUCAGCAUGGUCCGUGAACAACUUUUUGAUGUCAGGAACCCAGGCAUAUUUGACAUAUUCGUCCAGUGUGGCUGCUGGUGCCCUACGUGGAAUUGAAGAGUGUAAGUACCAGUUUGCCUGGGAGCGUUGGAAUUGUCCAGAGAGCACCCUGCAACUCUCCACUCACAAUAAGCUGAGAAGUGCUACCAGGGAGACGUCUUUUGUUCAUGCCAUUAGCUCAGCUGGUGUAAUGUACACUCUUACCAGGAACUGCAGCAUGGGAGAGUUUGAAAACUGUGGCUGCGAUAACUCAAGAAAGGGACAUGCAGGUGGAAAAGGAUGGGUUUGGGGAGGCUGCAGUGACAAUGUAGAAUUUGGUGAAAGAAUUGCCAAAAAAUUUGUGGAUGCUUUGGAGACAGCACAUGAUACCAGAGCUUCAAUGAAUUUGCAUAAUAAUGAAGCAGGGAGACUGGCUGUAAAAGCAACCAUGAAGAAGGUUUGCAAAUGUCACGGGGUCUCAGGGAGCUGCAGCAUCCAAACCUGUUGGCUGCAGCUUUCAGAUUUUCGAGAGAUUGGAAACUACCUGAAGAUCAAAUACCGCCAGGCUCAGAAGCUGGAGACAGACAAGAAGAGAAUGAGAGCGGCAAACAGUGCAGACAGUCGUGGAGUCACACUCGAGACCUUCAGCACCCUGCUAUCCGGUGAACUUGUCUACUUGGAGGACUCUUCUGACUACUGUGUCAAAAACAUGACCUUGGGCCUCCGCGGCACUGAAGGACGAGAAUGCCUGCAAGGCGGUACAAACCUGUCCCAGUGGGAGAAGCGGAGCUGUAAAAGGCUCUGUUCAGAGUGUGGGUUGAAAACGGAGGCUAGGCAGACAGAAACAGUCACCAACUGCAACUGCAAGUUCAUCUGGUGUUGCACCGUGAAAUGUGAACAGUGCAAAGAAGUAGUCACCAAACAUUACUGCUCCAGACAAGACAGCUCUUCCUCCAAUAACACUCGGAGGCGAAACAAAGGACGCAAAUCAGCAGCUGUCUAACUACUACCUAUGACAGCCUUCCAGCGAACUGUUAAAUGAUCACAUUUCAGGCAUACAGUAUUUUUUUACUUAGAGUAUCCAGAAAAGUUUUAUAUAUUUGGACCAUGCUUACCCAAGUCCCUCCCCCACCCCCUUAUUCUGGACACAUCUUCAAUUUGACCAAUAUUUGGAACAAAACUGGUGCUCAUUUAACGUAUUUGUGCCGCUCCCCACCCCCCACAAUAAUAUACUCCACGCUACUUCUGCUUCAGGUACCUAUUUCCCUACUCUCACACAAUUUAGAGCAAUAUUCUGCCCUAUAAGGCACCUCAAUCUUAUAAGGAUCUGUGGUCCAGGCUGGAAACUGGGAUUUUUGAGUGUUUUAACUUUUCUCUGGUAUGUAAGGGGGACAGGCUGUUGGAAUAAGAUAGCCACAUAUCCCAUACCUUCCAGGAAUCCACGUGCAUACGCAAAAAAUAAUAAAACUAGGAACCCCCAGAACCAGGCCCCCACAAGGAGGAAAGUGGCGCAAGGGCUCUGGCAGGGACCUAGAGCCCUUCCCCCACUUCCCAAAGCCCAGUGGGAGCUAAAGCCUGAGAGCCUUCACACUGCCUUCCGAAAGCUGGGGAUCACAGCUUUGCGCAGGUGGGGUGAGGGGAAUAUAUAAAUUGAGAGUGGAUUUCUGCUGCUCUCCAUUUAUUUAUUUAUUUAUUUAUCCCCCUCCCUCCCUAAACAAAGCUGCGAUCGCGUAAGUUAAACAAGCGUAAGAUGCAAGUUACCUGUGUGCUCCUUAAGCUUAGAUUGUAUACUUCCAAGGUUUUCCAGUUUACUUCUAAAGCUUCAUAGUUAGCUGUAAGUGCACUUGUAGUCACUUUAUUGUCUGUUUCUGGUUAAAAAGCCUUCCUUUGUAGAAGUACCAAAUGCAAAGGUAUGAAGUCCAGAUUUCAAUAUUGUCAAAGCUAAAAUGGUAGAACAAAUUUUCCCAGGUCCGGUUUACAAAGUCAGGGAAAAUCAUUUACCAUUAUUAUGGAAAUGCCUGAUGGUUCUCUUGUGUGCAGCCUGGUUCCCAUUAAUAUUUUCUCAUGUGGUUGCAGUAGCACAGCUGCUUGUGUGUGUGGAAAUCUGAACGUGUGAACUGUUGCACAGUGAUUUUCACACCCACCAUGUGAUGAGAUCAUGACAGAAUUAAGUUAUGUGGGAUCUAAAGCAAUAGGGACUUAAUGGCCAUUGUGUUUUCAACAAGAUAGGUUUUUGCGUGUGCAAGUUAUUGCAUGUAUACGAUGUAUGUACCUCAGCCCUUCAGGCAACCCAGUUGCAUGCAAAUUCCGCCAAAAUAACACUUGAUGGAGAAAUAUGGGUUGUCUGAAUCCUUGCAACAUACACUAUGUUUAUUCUUGAAUGUAUCUAAUGGAAUUCACAGGAAAGUGUAAAGAGUCGGCUUCUUUGUAAUGCUGCAUGUGCAUCGAUUGUAAAUAUAUAUAUAUUUUUAGAAUGUGAAACAUAUGCACUUUUUGAUGUGAGGAAUUUAGAGUCCCUAGUUCUCCCUGAGGUGGGGGUAGAAUACAUGUCUGGGCUAAACCACUUCACACUGCAUGUGGUGUUGAGGCCUGCAUGGCAGAAUAUCUCUUCAUACCAAAAACAUUAAUUUCAUACAGAAAACAAUCUCAUAGAAAAAGGUUCACAUGCAGACUUCGUUCAAAAUACUAGUUUUCUGUAUGCAAACUGUGUUUCUGUAUGGAGAAGUGUUCAGUCAGAGGAGCUCCUACCCAGGGUCUGAAGUGGUAUGGGAAAGAUCCAGUUUUACCACCUCACUUGAAAAUAAGCCAUAUUUCCCCCCAGUUAGAAUACACCUACUUUCUCCAACCACCACAAGGGUGGCUUUGUGGACAAUAUUAUGCUUUACCUUCAAUGCAUUUUAAGUGUACUUUUCACAAAGUCAUUGCAGUGGAUAACCAAGCAACUUUUAAUUCUCUGUUUCUGGGCGAAAUGCUGUGCUUUGGUGUCCUUUGCCACCUAAAAUCACAAUAAAUUCAACAGCUAUCAAUUUGGUGCACUUUGGUAGCUGAUCAACGUGUCCUGUUUUGAAGAGAUUGUUAUAAGACAAGUGAAGCUGAGGCUUAUUUUGCAUAUUAUUUUGCAAUAAACCCUUUUAAAAAAUAAAACGAAUGUUUUCUUUUUAAUUUUGAUUUUUUUUUAAAAAAAAAGCUGCUUAAAGUCUCUGUGUGUGCCAUGUGGAGAUAGCUAUAUACCUAUGCACACACAAUAAUGCUACCUUAAAAAGAAGCGGGGAUGAAGAGGGUUGCUAUGGCUUGGAUAGCAGCCCACAAAAUUAAGCCAGACAGUGACUCUCAACAGUCCCUUUUUCUUUAGGAUAUAAAUUGGGCAGAAUACUAGAUUGCAAACACUGGCCCAGUAAAAGUAAAUUUCCCUUGUCGCUUUAAUUUGUCUAUUGUCUAAUGUUCUUCAAACAAUGCCGGCUCCAAUUGUGUUUGAUGUGGUAAAUAUCAGGGCUUGUUGCAAAAUUCUUUAUUCUAAGGAACAAGAUUAACCCUUUGAACUGGAGAGUAUAAGUGAAAACUUGGAGGCAGUUGUGAAUGUAUCUGUGGGCUCCCUGCUGUUUGCUCCUAUAAACAGCCUGAAGACAUGCAUGCCUGGGAGGGCAAGAGGAGACACUGGCUUCAGCCAAAUUGGCCUCUUGAUUAAAUGUGUAUUCCAGAUCUCUUCCUGGAUUCAGCUGAUUAUUUUGGUGCCUCAAGAGGCUAUUUCCCCCCACAAGGUUUAUUAGCCAUUUGCCGUGUUAGAUAUUUGGU